CGGGAUCAUCGUCGGCUCUCUGGAUCUCAGCACCGUGGGAUUGAUUGAGAACUCUGACGGCCUUCCUCGCCUCUGGGACACACUGAUCUUCUCAUGCUGCGGCGCGUGAGUUCAGCAUCAGUCCCCCAGUCGCCACUUUUGGAACCUCAGAAAUCCCAGUGGCACCAUCGCCUACCACACUCAACCCCGACCGCUCAUCUUGACGAUCGAGCCGCUCACGUCCGUUUCCCUUCUCCAUUUAUGACCGCCACCCCUCAGAGCUAUGCAUCGAGCUUCUCAACGACACAGUCGACGUCACCCGCCCAGAGCGCAUCUCAGUCGGCUCCAGACUCUUCAUCCCCUCCCUCCUCACUCGCAAUGUCUGCGCAGCCUGCCCAGCAGCUCACCGCGACUAACGCCUUCCCCACUCCCGCCAGCAGCGUGAGCGGCGUUGCGAAGGAAUCCCAGGAUCCAUCCGAGAAGGCGGCUCGCGCUUUGAUGGAGUCAGCUGAAGGCGCGCCGGGUUUCACCGAUAUUGACAAUGGCAUCCUCCAGAACCAACAAAUCCCACAGAACCAGCAAGAAACCAUCGCAGGACUGAUUCCCCAAGAGGACGCAAUGGACAUAGACCGCAAAGAUGAUCUAUCAGAGGACCCCAAAAUUGCCGCUCUCCAACAGGAUAUCGGGCAGGCGUUUCACACUUGUAAAUCCUCCUACUCGAUAUCUGGACCAAGCCCUCGCUUUGACCUCAUUUCUCUUUACGGACUGGGUCCAGUGGCCGCCUCCGUUGCUCGAACGGAUCCGGUCACAGGCGAAAAGAUUAACAGGCUGAGGAAAUCCUACGAAGGGAAGAUCAAGGGGCUGGGACUCUCGGGAAGGAAUAAAGCGGUUAAGCGCGAACCCGGAGCGCCCGGUGGAUUAAGGCAGCUGACAAUGUGGCCUGAAGAAGAGUGGCAGAACCAAAAAGUAAUCGGGAAAGAUAUCAGAGUUGCUGAACCAGAUUCUACACUACACAAGUUGCAUAUGAGGGCUAUGAAAUUGGAGCCUGGGCCUGUGCCGAACAACGACUAUUGGGAGGAUGUCCUAGGCCACGAGAAGCCACCCAAGCAAGGUGCCUCAGCUGUUCAGCCGAAGAAAGCAGCGGACACUGUUGGUGGUGCUGUUCGACAGAGUACCCAAGCUAACGGCACACCAAUAUCGACGCCCGCCCCACCCGUUGAGUCGGGUCGACCGAAACGUGCGGGCAAGAAGAGAAGCUAUAAUGAUAGCAGUUUCGUUGGGUACGGAGAAGGCUUCCCAGACGAUGACCUAGAUAUGGAUGGUGGCUUUUAUUCAAACAGUGAAGAAGGGGCUAGGGGUUCAGCCAAAAAGAAACGAAAAAAGGAUCAUGUUCCGGUUGUUCCGCCCUCACUGACGGAGCGGAAAGGCAGUUAUGGCGUCGGAAUGUUUGGCGUUGGCACACGAUGA